AUGGCGGCUAUCGGAGGCAUUGUUUCGUUAGUACCUUUCCGGUGGCCUCUCCCCGCGGCUGGUGAUAACCGCGCACGCGUGUGCGUGUCUGUCGCAGGCCAAACGGUCCCCUUCUCGACAACCAGUCCACAGCAGCAAGUGUGGCAUGACCCGGGUCACGCAACACUGGCCUUGCUCGCCCAAAACCAAAAUCCCUAUACAGCUGCAACUGCGUAUGUGGUUCGACCGAUCAUUUCGUCAGCGAUACACGGGGCCGGCAAUGCCGUCCGUGGUGCAGUCAACCGUGUCAGCAACGCCUUGGGUGCUGCGUCAGCCGCUUCAGCGAUGGCAGCUCCGUAUGGGUACUAUCUUGGUGAACAGGCAGCAUCCGCUUCUGCCUAUCCACUGGUACCCGCCGUUUACUCAGGGAUUCCUGACGGUUCCGCACAACGGUUUCCUCAACAAGGCACGGGAAACGAAUACUAUCUGCACGGAAUGGGCCAUUCGUACGGCGCAUCCGCCCCCCCGCCUUACGGCCACGGUGGGUACACGAAUCCCUACCCGGUUUACACAGCUCCGUCGCUUCUUACCGAAGUUGCGAACCAUGCAGCUGGCGGCGUGGCAAGCGUUGCUGGCUUGGCUACGAACGCAGUCCGGUCGGUUACGGGAAUGGCGUCUCAGGCCACUCAGAUGGCCACACAGGGGAUUGCAACGGGGCUUCAGACGCGCCCGCAAAUUCCGUGGAAUGAAGCUCUCUCAAUCGCUGAGAAAUUCGUGGUUCCUAGCAUUGAAGCCAUUGCGAAAGCUGCGCCCUCAAUCGCAGCGAGAUCGCCCGGCGAGGGACCAGAAGAGCAGGGGCUGAAGCGGCUCAGACGCGGAGACAAGGGACAAGAAACAUCUCCACCGGAUCCAAAUGCUCCUCCUCCAGGGUCUGUACCCGAGAAACGGCCUCGGCUCUACGUGUCUCAGGUCGGGAAUGCUGCAGUCGUCAACUAG